AUGGCAUCGACCGCCAUCGAGCUCCCAGAAGCGAGCCAUGGAAACCUCGAGGGCCGAUUGGCCCGGUCUUCCGACCAUCUGGCACCAAUCCCACCAGACGACGCGAUGGCGGGCUCUCUGCGGGCGGACGCCCUGCCCGAUGGAGGAUACGGAUGGGUGGCGUGCGAUGAUCACCUGGUGUUUCGUCUGAGCAUCCUCCUGCUGGAGCGUGCUGCAGUCGAUACUGGUGCUAGCGGGGGUUUCGUCGUCAUGCCCGGUGAUGUGACGAACGGAAGUGGUGAACGGCGGAGGUGA